AUGCGGCGAGUUAUGACGGUGUUUCUGGUGGGCGGCGGGUUGGCGUGUUUCACGUCGGUGAUUUGCCUCAUGCGCCUCCUGUACAGCGUCGAUGCGCCCAUGGACCCGUCGCAGCUGCUCGACGCGGCGGCGGCGGCGGGGACCGCGGGCGGGGGAGACUCGUCCGCGGAUCUGCUGCUGGAGAACGCCGCGCGGCAGCAGCUGCCGUCGCUGUCCAUCCGCGCGCUGCACGUGCUGCAGCAAGCGCGCUCGCUUGCCAUGGUCACUGGAUUCGGGGAGGCGCAGCCGCAACAGGACAAAGUGGUGCCGCCAUGCAUCCACGUGGACACUGACCUGUUCCCCGCCGCCACCUACCUGCUGCCUCUCGACCGUUCUAUACUCCUCCGCCCACCUCCAUCCUCCUCCACUCCGGAUGCUGCAGAACUUUCCCCUUCUUCGUCCUCUUCUUCCGCCUCCUCAGCAGCUGCGCGCCAAUUUCCCCGCUCCCAGCGCAUCCGCUCCGACUCACCUGUCCCCGGUUCCCCUAUUUCUUCCGCCUCCGCCUCCGCCGGCUCUGCGGGGAACGACUCGCGGGAGUUCACGCUGCUGUGGCGGGGGGCGCAUGGGCUGGUGUGCCGGCGGUGGGCCACAGACGUGCGCGCGCGGAUACAGGAGGUGGCGGAGAUGCGGGGCACUGGCGGAAGCGGCGCAGUCUACGUGUCUGUGCUGCUGCAGAUGGGGGAGGGACUGAGAGCAGGACUGGGGGCGGGAGUGGGAGCGGGGUUGGGAGCGGGUGGGGGCAUUGGCGGCAAUGGGACUGCUGAUGCGGGCGAGGGGCAGCGAAGAGAAGGGGAAGGGCAAGAAAGCGUGAAGCGAGAGGGGGUAGAAGGUGGCAACAGAAGAGAGGAGUGGAAGACGGGGGCAGGAGCAGCGGCGGGAGCAGCAGCAGGAGCGAGACAGGGGGAGGGAGUUGCAGCAGGAGGAGUAGGGGGAGCAGGAGCAGGGGGGGGAGGAGACGAGGCGCCAAGAGAGGGAUGGCGGAAGGAUUCAGGGGCAAUUGAGCGGGGCUUGGUGGAGACUCAGCGCGUGGUGGUGUCUCUGGCGCUGUGGGGGGACGGGCAGGGGGUAAGGGGAAGUGAAGAGAGCGCGCGGGUGGGGGGCUUGCAGCAGGAGAAGGGAGGUUCUGGGAGGUUCUAUACAGGGGAGGGAGGGGAGGCAGGGGAGGAGAUGGUGCGGGUGGGAGCAGUGGGGCAGAGCAUUACGAGGCAACGCGAUGUGGGGCCGCUGGUGGCGCUGGUGCCUCCAUCAACCCGGUAUCUCUCUGUAGACCUCUGCGCACCUCCGUCCUUCCCUAUUCUUGGCGACCUGCCCCCUGUCGCAGCAACAGCAGUAGCAGCAGAAACAGCAGAAACCGCUGCCGCUCUUGCUGCUGCCACGGGCGGUGCUGCCAGUGCCAGCAGCGGCGAUGCUGCUGAGGAUGGAGCAGGGAAGGGGCCUCGUGUGGCAGUGGCGGCAGGGGGCGUGGCUGUGAAGCUGUCUCUCAUGUACCCCACUCAUGCCUCGCUCCUGGGUCAAGUCUCGCCUGCUGUGCCCACCAGCAGGGAUCAAGCUCGCUUUCUGUGCGCAGCAGCAGGGAUCAAGCCGAAAGGGGAGGAGAGGGAGGAGAUCUGGGGCAACAUCUCCGUGCCCCUUGCCUCUUCUCACCCCUCCUCCUCCUCCUCCUCCUCCUCCUCCUCCUCCUCCUCCUCCUCCUCCUCCUCCUCCUCCUCCUCCUCAUCCUCGUCCUCAUCCGCUCCUGCUGCAUCGGCCGGGCAAGGCCACGCGUUUGGGGUGGCACAGCUGUCAGUGCAGUGGGACAGCAACUGCAACGUGGUGCACCACAGCGUGGUCAUGUGCAGAGUGCGGCAGAAGCAUCGAGUCAUGAAGGCAGGUGCAACCUCCCCUGCGUGUGCCAUUCUCCAAGAUGCCUGCUCGGCCGCACAGGGCCAGCACAAGCAGCUGCAGCAGCAGCAGCAGCAGCAGCAUGUGGGCGGAAAGGCGGGUUGGGGCAGUGAGCCGCUUGGGAGAAGAGCAGCUGGCUAUGUCUCUGCAUCUGACACGGGUACUGGUAGCGGCAGUGCGGGUAAUGCGUCGGUAGCACCAGGAGGGGGAGGGGGAGAGGGAGGGGGAGGAGCAGGGGCAGGAGGUGGGGGUGGGGGAACAAAAAUGGGCGCUGGUGGUGUGGGGAGGGAGCAAGAAGCUGGGGCAAGCAGAGAGGGUUGGGGAAAUGAGUGGGGCGGGAGGUGGGGAGGUAGAGAGGGUCAGUGGGAAACUCUUGCCUCUGCCUCCUUGCCUGCUCUUCCUGCCUUCUCUUCCUGCUCUUCCUGCCCUCUCUUCCUGCUCUUCCUGCCUUCUCUUCCUGCUCUUCCUGCCCUCUCUUCCUGCUCUUCCUGCCUUCUCUUCCUGCUCUUCCUGCCCUCUCUUCCUGCUCUUCCUGCCCUCUCUUCCUGCUCUUCCUGCCUGCCCGCUCUGCAUAUGUUGAAAUCCGCUGGUGAUUUUAAUUCCGACCUUGUCCCAUCCCCGUUUCCCCCCAUUUCCUUUCUUGACUCAUCCACCUUCCUCAUCCUCCGCUCCUCUCUCUUUUUCUCUUUCUCCUUCGUGAUCACACUCUCACCUGUCCAGGUGUCAUCAUCCCAUUGGGUGCACACGGCGCAAUUACCCGCCUCGAUCCCCACCGGUCAUUACAACUACCGUGUGCUUUCCGGGUCGCAGUGCUCCCCCGUCUUCUCCUUCCACUUCCUCGGCCCGACGCCCUACGCCGCCCUUGCCGCCCACCGCUCCGCCGCCCUCUCCAACCGCUCAGGCGGCCACCGCGUGUCCUGGUUCGAGCGGCACAACAAGAGGCGGCAUUAUCUGAAGACCCGGGCGGCCAUGCUGAGAAAAUCAGCCGGGCUGAAGGACCAUGGGGGGGGAGGGUCGCCCAAGUUUGAGUCUCGAGUGGGGAAGAAGGGCAUGUGGGGGCGCAAGGCGCAUGAGAGGCCACCUAUGGGUGUGUCGCUUGGCCUGGGCAAGACCGGGGAGAGUGCAGGUGGGGAUGCAGGGUCGGGAUCGGGAACAGGUGGCGGUGCGGGUGGGGCAGCAGGGGAUACAGGAGGAACAGGGGCACGCACAGGAGCAGCGGCAGGAGGAGGAGGAGGAGGAGGAGCAGGGGCAGGGGCAGCAGCGGAGGAGGACGAAGGGGAGGGGUAUGAGGACGAUAACAACGUAGACGACGAGUUUUUUCAUCUGGUAAUCAUAUCAGACACGCAGGGGGGCAGCUCUGUGUUCCGGCGCCACCUGACGCACAUCCGAGCGCAUAAACCCUCCGCAGACCUGAUCCUACACCUGGGCGAUCGGGUCCCUGGAGCCUCUGCUGCUGCUGCUGAGGCUGCAGCUGCGGCAGCGGCGGCGGGUGGUGGUGGUGGUGGUGGCAGUGGUGCUGCUGGUGGUGGUGCGAGUGGUGGUGGGGGAGAGGGCGCUGCCGUGCUGCAGUGGCAGCGCAUGUGGACACAACCACUGGAAGCGAGCCAUGUGGCGGCGUCGAUUCCUUCCCUGGGCGUGCAUGGGGAUCUCGAUGUGGCUGUGGGGCAUGCAAGUGGGUCAGGUGCAGGAGCAGCAGCAGCAGCACAUGGGGGAGGUUGGCAUACCACCGCCACCACCGCCACCGCCACCGCCACCGCCACCGCCACCACCACCACCACUCACUCAACUGCCAUGCCUACCAGUGGAGAUGUGCGGUGGUGGUCCAUGCUGCUAGGCGAAUGCCUGUGGAUAGGCCUUGAUUCCAACGUGAAUGCUUCUUCCAUUGCUGUACAGACAGCAUGGCUGCGCGCCACGCUAGAGGCGGUGGCAGCAGCGAGGGAGCGCAGAGUAGCACCACCGUUUGUGGCCGUCCUGCUGCACGUCCCUCCGUUUAUUGACUACUGGGAUGCUGCAUCAUGGCACGGGAGCCAUAGUGGUGGUGGUAGUGGGGGGGGUGCGGGUGGUGGUGGGCCGGGAAGUGGAUUUGGAGGGAGUGGUGGUGGGGAGGGGAGUGGAGAGGAUGGGGGUGGAGGGGAGCGGAGGCGGACGGAGUGGGUGAGGCUGGAGUGGGUUCCUCUGUUUGAGAAGUAUCGUGUGGAUCUGGUGGUUAGUGGGCACUCACACGCGUACCAAAGGGGCGAGAGGAACGGGGUCAUGUACGCCAUCUUGGGGGGAGGUGGGGAGCGCAUUGACAAGCACCGAGUUGCUGACUGGGGGAUGUAUAAGGUGACGCACUUGGGGCACCACUAUGUAAGGGUGGAUUUGAGUGCCCAUUUGUUGUCGUGGUCAGCAUAUGAUGCAACCAACAACCCCAUAGACCAUGUCUUGUUUGUGCCUGACGUAGAUGACGCAGAUGAAGAGGAGGGUAGUCAGACCCUGCGGUAA